GUUUUUUUUAUAGUACCGGCCAGCAGAGGCGCCACUACCUGUUCCUCCCGGAAGGACAAUUUUCCAAUUUUUUUGCAUUUUCCUGCGUUUUUAAUGCCUGACAUUGUUCUGCACGUGUAUCAGGGGGAAUGGGGCAUCCCCUCAAUCGAUUUGGAGUGCCUCCAGGCUUUGACUCUGAUGAAAUUCCUGGAUGUUCCGGUGGAAAUCAAUACCAGAGGAAACACAAUCUUCUCCCCAAGUGGAUUUCUGCCAUAUCUCAAUGAUGGUAAUCAGAAAAUCGACAGUUACAACAAAAUUUCCAAGUAUCUCGUGGGAAAGGGAAUGGAUGCGAAUAGGGAUUUAAAGGAUGAGGAUAGGAGUCUUUCCAGUGCUUACAUUCACCAUGCCAAAAGCAAGCUCCGCAGCUACUUGACGUACACUCUCUGGGGAACGACAGAAAGUGCUGAAGCGACAAGAUUUCUCUACGCCAAGAGAAGUCCCUUCCCGCUGAGUUUCUUCAAGCCCGGGCAGUACUUGAAGCAAGCUGAGCGAUACCUCCAGAUACAGUGUGGCUUCUCCAUCAAGAGUGGCAUGCCCCCGGAAGAGCAUCUCACCAGGGGAUUGAUUGUCGAGGCCAAAAAGUUCAUCAAUGAGAUUUCUGCCCAGCUCAGUGAUCGGGAAUGGUUCUUCGGGCAGUCUCCUUCAGAAUUCGAUGCUAUCCUCUAUUCCUACCUGGCUCUUCUGCUGCACUACCCACAGAAUUUCAAUCCCUUGGCUGGGCACAUCAGAGAAUGCAAGAAUCUUGUGAACUUUGUCUCCAGGAUCACGAAAAAGUACUUCGAUGGAUUGACUUUCGACAGUGGCUUGAAGAUUGGCUUCGGAAGUGGAAAGACAUUCAAACCAAAAGCUGCUGGAGAUGAUGAAGAGAGCAAUCUGAAGCUACAGAUAAUUGCUGGACUUGUAGCUUUCUGUUCAAUGGUCGCCUUUUCGCUUUCAACGGGAAUUCUUGAGAUUUCGCGGGAUUCCAUUCAGCAGGAAGCUGUGGACUUUGACGAUGAGGAUGACGAUGAAGGCGACGGAGACUAUGCUGAGUAGACAUAAAGGGCAUUUCUAGAGAGAAAUUAAAGACUCUGAUCUUGUAAAAA